UUGAGGUGAAUGGCAGAGGGGACAGAUUUUGAUUGACAGGGCAAAGUGUAUUUUUUUCAGGAGGGUGUCCUCAAAGCAAGGUCCUCCUUGCUCAACUAUUAAGCUUAGUUACUUCACUGGUACAGACUGGAAUACUGAGCUUUUGACUGAAUGAUGUGGAGAGCUUGUCCUUCCAUGAAAAAGAUUUCAUCAAGAACGUUCCCCAAAAUUUAGGGCCAGCUUCACCUGUAAGAUAGAACACUGAAGGAUGCUUGGAGUCAGCCUUGCCCUGUGUGCGGGACUGUUUGCAGCUCUGGCGUCCGUGUGCGCCAAGGUUGCCAUGGCAACAGAGGAGGCAGCUGCGACCUGCCAGGUGCUCGUGUAUCAGGUGUCGUCCCUGCUCCAGCACGAGCAGGGGGAUGGGUCAGAGGCCAUCUGUGAGUUGGUCCUGACAUAUUUUCGAGUUUGCUGUUUUGGGAUGGUGUUCGUGUUGAAUGCUGUGAUGUGGGUGUUCUUCACCAAGGCACUGGCAACCUGCAAGUCCUCGGUGGAGGCCACAGUCACCAACACUGCUGCUAACUUCUUCUUCUCAGGUGUUAUAGGCAGGGUGCUAUUCCAUGAGGCCCUAUCCCUCCUGUGGUAUGUGGGAGCGUCCUGCAUUGUUGUUGGUCUGCUGUUCAUACACAGGGGAAGUGGCACAGCAGAAACAGGAGGAUCAGGACAGGACAAGAAGCAUAGAUAGCAGCAGCACAAAUAUUAUCACAUGUAUUGAUGUAUGUAUGAUACAUGUAGUAUGAAACUUCAUCUGUGUUGGUAUAGGACAUUAUGAAGAAACUUAG